CUGUACUCACACUGCUUCGCUCUUACAUUUCGCCGGCACGCUAGUUUAUUGUGGUGCGCUUUGCAAGUGUAAUUGUUCUAAUUUUGUGUGGAGCUGUGCUGUGACGACAAUCGACGACAAUGGCUUCCUUGGUGGCUCUGCUGUCCCUUUUCUGCGUCGUUGUUCUAGUGGAAUGCCAGAUCACCGUUCCGCCGGGCCCUAACGGCGGUCUGCAGGCGGCCAAGGCCAUCGAAGCGGCGGGGAUGGCGCUGCAAGUGGGCGCCGGCGACAUCAACCAGGUGCACCAGUACGUCGGCGACAUCAUGGACAACAUCCAGGCCGUCAUCCUGGCCAACUCGCCCUCCGCCACCUCCGGUCCCUACGGCCAGCCCGGCCCCGUCAACCUGCACAGCGACGAGGACCUCGGCGCCGCCAUGUUCCAGGGCAUCGGCAAGGGCCUGAAGGCGGCCGGUACUCCCGGCGGCCGCUGAACGCUGUGAUGGCAUCCCCACGUGACCUUUGUUGUAAAGCUGCGUGUUAAGAUCAGAUUCUGUCAGCCAUGUGAUGCUGCUACCGAAAUGAUACGUUUUCCAGCUGAAUAUAUGUGUAUACUUAUGAAUUACGAGUGUAUGUGACGAAGACGGAAAAACGUUUUUUGCCAAGAGAGGUUGUGCGAUAAAAAUUACUGCCGGAA